AUGUCUCAGACCCAAUUCCCCCGACAGGAUGCCUUCAUCCGCGAAUGCCGCCACUUGAAAGCAGACCUGGAAGUCCAAGCCGACAUCCUCAAGUCCAGCCCCCAGAAUCUAGGAACCGACCAGGUACGCGACAUCGCCCAUGAGAUGAACCGAAUCUCCCACCACGUUGACAACACCGUCAAGCUAGGUUUCGACAUGAUCGCCAACGAGCCCAACUGCACAGUCAUCUCCCGCAAUCUCCCCUUUUGGCUGAAGCAGUCUCACACACCCCAUUCUGGAUUCCAGGGUGUUCUCUACAGCAUGCAACGCACAGUCGACCAGAUUGGAUUUGCACUGCGGAAGCACCCACGCAAGCAGCUCCCCACUAACCUCAUCAAGGACCUUCGAGAUAUGGCUGGUGUGCUGGAAACUAACCUUUGUCUCAAUGAAUCAUAG